AUGAGCGGCCUCGCCUUUGACUCUGACGUGCCCCUGGAGUAUGAGGAGGACACGAUGGAGGAGGAGAGCUUGGCGCUUCCCAGGGAGCAGCCUCUGAUGGUGAACCUGAUGGUGGAAGAGACAAUGGUGGUGAAGCUCCUCCAGCAGCUAGUGGUGGCAACAGCGUUCCUGCCAGUGAAGGUGGUCGAAGAUCACGACUUCAAACACGAAGCCGAGGUGGAGAUCAGGCGCUGUGCCCCCUGCUCCAGUUUUCGAAGGAGAUGCGGAACAAGAUCCUUACUGCUUGCGCCACUACCGAAAACGUUUGCUGCGAUGGUGUUUGAUUACAGCUCUGAGUUCUUGCCACGAAACGAACAAGCUCUUCGUGCCCGAGAACAACUACGUGGUGAAGCUGAACUUGAGUUGCCCGAGGUGCCAGACACCAGGUACCCUGAGGAGUCCAGGGUCAUCAAGCUUCUUGAUGGCUUGAGGUUGGAUGAGAGGGCCACAUUGGCUCUGUUGCUGGCGGCCGGGAACAAGUAUGAGAUGAAGGCUGUCUUGGAUGCUAUCAAGAUACAGUAUCCCGCUGGCAUGUCAAUCACUGGCCUUCCAACUUUGAAAGCUGCGCAUUUGAAGAAGCUUGGAGGUGGAUCUCAACGCCGAGUUCAACAUCAGCGCAGGUCUGGCGCUUGGCAUGCAGGUGCUUGGCAUGCAGACGCUGAUGAGUCUUGGGACUAUGAGGCUGAAGAGCACGAGACCCAGCAGUAUGACGAGACGGAGCAUGCUGCCGAAGAUCAACAUGAGGCCGCCUAUGGUGAUGUGGAAUAUGAUGAAGAAGAUGUAGAUGGUGGUGAUGCAACAACUGCUGAGCCAGAACAUGGAGCUCAGACUGCAGGUAGUUCGUCUGAUGCUUUGUCAGCUGUUGUGGAGGCCCUGACAGUGACGAGCAAACGCCUUGCUGAGAUCACCAAGAGCCGUGGCUUUUACCAAGACAAGGGCAAGAAUCCUUCAAAGUCUGGUGGAAAGUCAAAGGGCAAGUCGAAGGGUGCUGACAAAGGGCGAUCAAAAGGCAAGGGCAAGGGCAAACCUGGACCCACGCCUUCCAAGGGCAACUUUGCCAAGCAGCGGAACAUGAUUGAUGACUCACUCUGUCUGGGAUGCUCUCAACCUGGACAUUGGCUGCGAGACUGCCCCUAUGUCAGCACUUUCAGUGCCCAGGUCACCACAGCUGGCAGCGUUUUGGAUGCCGAUGGCUAUGUGGUGGAUCAUGCUAGCUGGAUGGUCAAUUGCACUCCAGCUGUCUCAGAGCACGGCGCAUUGGAGAAAAAGGAGUGCGACCUUCCGGUGUUUGAUAUCCAUCCCAACUUUGACAUGGUCCAUGCAGAGCCCAUCAUUUUUGAAUCCAUUGCAGUUUCCAAGAAUGAGCAUGUCCAUGUGGAGUCCGUAGUUCAUGAAUCCAAUGCGGUUUUUGCUUAUGACAUGGUCCCACAGCAUGACAUGAUCCCACAGCAUGACAUGGUUUUUGAGGAUGAGCAGUUUUUUCAGAAUGUCAGUCUCAUUCAGUCGAUUGAGGUUCCAAAGGAUUUCAAGGUUUUUCCGAAUGACCCCAUUGAAUCCAAUGCCCUGGUGAUCAACUUGAACCCCAUGCCCAUUUACAAGAACCCUCAAAUUUUGUUGCAGUCCGUUUUGGAUGUUGAGGGCAGCACGAUGAUAGCCGAUACAGGUUGCCAAAGAAAAGUGGCUGGUUUUAGAUGGCAUGGGAUUCAACAAGAGAACAUCAAGUCUUUGAAGGCAGUCCAGUUUGGGGACGCUUGCACCUUCAGUUUUCGCCCGCACGAAGGUAUGCCAGCGACGAUGCGGCUUGCCUAUCCUGCAGGACUUGGAGGUGCAGCAGUGGCAUUGGGGGCUAGUCCGGUUGAACGUGAUGCACCUGCACUUUUCAGGUCCAGCAUUUGA